UAUGAUGUAAUACAAUGUGAACAUUGACUCAAAUGGUUGGCAUUGAAAGUGACAUUCAAUAGCAUUGAGUGAUAAAUACAAACAUUGAUUGAAUUCAUUGCUUAUAAUAAAUAUAAUUAUCAGACAAUCAAUUCAUUUACAAGAAGUUAACCACAAAAACAUCGAAAAUAUGUCUGAAUCUAAAGUCUGUCUGAUUGUGAUCGACGGGUGGGGUGUGUCUAAUGAACUGUUUGGCAAUGCUAUCGCUGCCGCCGAAACUCCCGUAAUGGACGCAAUGGCCCGAUCUGAAGGCCAGUACAUCACUUUAGACGCAUCUGGUUUGGCCGUCGGUCUACCCGAUGGUCUAAUGGGCAACAGUGAAGUGGGACACUUGAAUAUCGGCGCCGGUCGGGUCAUCUAUCAGGACAUUGUCCGCAUUAAUUUGGACGUCAAGACUAAGGAUAUCCACAAAAACGGCAAUUUUGUGAACGCUUGUACGCGAGCCAAGACUACAUCCAACGGACGUCUUCAUCUAUUAGGUUUAGUCAGUGACGGUGGAGUUCACGCGCAUAUCAACCAUUUGUUUUCACUUCUUGAGGGCGCAAAGGUUAACGGUGUGCCCAACACUUAUAUCCACUUUUUCAGUGACGGUCGCGACACAAGUCCCACAUCAGGAGUCGGUUUCAUUCAACAGGUCAUCGAUAAGACCAAAGAAUUGAGUUACGGUAAUUUGAGUACAAUUAUGGGCCGAUACUAUGCCAUGGAUCGGGACAAGCGCUGGGAACGCAUUCAGAUUGCCUACGAAGGCUUAGUAGAAGGCAAAGGUGUCGAGACAACACUGGAUGAUGUUAUUGGUGUCGUUAAAAGCAACUACGAGGCCAACCCUACUGUUACUGACGAGUUUUUGAAGCCUAUAAUCAUCAACAAAGAAGGACUCAUACGUGAGAACGACACACUUGUAUUCAUCGAUUAUAGAGCCGACCGAAUGAGACAAAUCACCGAAACAUUAGGCGUCGAACAGCAUUUCGAGCCAAAGAAACAAAUCCCGAAUAACCUGAAGAUCUAUACUAUGACUCAAUACAAAAAAGAAUUUCCAUUUGAUAUUCUAUAUCCACCGUCCGUUCCGAAGAACGUAUUGGCCGAAGUAAUCAGUUCUAAGGGUUGGCCACAAUAUCACUGCGCCGAGACCGAGAAGUACGCUCACGUGACGUUCUUUUUCAAUGGUGGUCAAGAAAAAGAGUUUACGGGUGAAGAACGUAAAAUGGUUCAGUCGCCCAAAGUGGCCACAUAUGACUUGCAGCCAGAAAUGAACGCUAAGGGUGUCGGCGAAGCUUUGGCUGAAGCGAUUGCCACUAAGAAAUACCCGUUCAUUAUGUGCAACUUUGCACCACCCGAUAUGGUCGGUCAUACCGGCAAAUAUGAGGCCGCCGUUGUUGCGUGUGCGGCCACUGACAAAGCCAUUGGUGUGGUAAAGACGGCGUGCGAACAAAAUGGUUACGUUUUACUUGUAACUGCCGAUCACGGAAACGCCGAGAAAAUGUAUGCCGAUUCCAAUAAAAGUCCACUCACUUCCCAUACGACCAAUCGGGUGCCGUUUAUAAUGGCCAAUACCGACAAAAAGUUUGCCAGUAUAUCACAUGACACUGCACUGUGCGAUGUUGCGCCCACUGUCCUCGAUCUGCUCGGUAUUCCGAUACCCGAACAAGACAUGACCGGCAAAUCAUUGAUCGCUCAUUAGAUGGACAAAAGUUUAUUGCAGUUUAAUUUAAUUUUAUUCGUUAUAUUUUGUGAUUAUUAUAUAAUUAUUAUUAUUAGGUCUGAAUUUUAAUUUACAUUUAAAAUGUUAUACAAAAUUAUUUAUUCG